AUGAGUACCAGUAGUACGAUCAAGAUCAACGUCACGAGUCCCCGCACCACCAAGACCACGAGACCCGUGUGGGGCGUCCUCACCCAGCCCACCGACAGCGAAGAGCGCCUCGUCGACUUCGAGGAGCGAUAUCGGGAGUACGUCCCGGCCUCCUUCGUGCGCUGGCUCGAAUCGGGCGGCGCGCGAGUCAUCCCCAUCCACUACGACACAGAAGAGCAAGAGCUGCGACAUCUGUUCGAGAGCAUCAACGGCGUGCUGUUCACCGGCGGCGAGAUCACCGACAUCUCGAAUACGCCGUACGGCCACACGGCGAAGCUGCUGUUCCGGUGGGCGAAGGAGGCCAACGACGCCGGAGACCACUUCCCCAUCUAUGGAACGUGCCAGGGCUUCCAGCUGAUGUGCCAGCUGGCUGCCAACAACUUCACCCUCAAGCAGCGCGUCAAGGGGUGCGUGGGCGUCUCGAAACCGCUCGAGUUCACCCACAAGGCCAAGAGUAGUCGCCUGUUCGGCUCGCUGCCGCAACACGUCUACAGGACCCUGGCCGAGACCCCGUGCGGUGAGCACAUGCACAACUACUGCAUCACGCCCGAGACAUUUGAAGAGCACCAAGCGCUGGGCUCGAUGUUCGAGGUGCUGGCCACCAACGAAGACGCCGAGGGCAAGGUCUUCGUGACCAGCAUGGAGGGCAAGAAGUACCCCUUCUGGGCCGGCCAGUUCCACCCCGAGCGCAACGGCUGGGAGUGGACCGAGGAGGAAGAGAUCGACCACUCGCCCGAGGCCAUCGUCGCAAUGCACCACAUCGCCGCGUUCCUGGUCAAGGAGUCGCGCAAGAGCGGCCACCGCUUUGCCGACAGGGAGGAGGAGCGCAAGCGUCUCAUCUACAACAACCCGCCGCACCUGCUGCCCACCGAGGAGGAGACCUCCAUGUACGCCCAGACCUACUUCUGGCUGCACGACGACGUCGAGGUCGGCCAGGCCUGA